AUGGAUACUACUACUACCACUACCACUACUGCCGAUGCUGCCACACCAGUUGAUAGUACAACUAAUACUAAUACUACAACUACAACUACAACGAUGACAUCAUCAGAUCAACAACAACAACCUAUUGUACCUGUGUCAAACUCGAAUCGUAGACCAGGUGAAGCACCUAUAAAGGUUGAAUACCUUCUCAAGAAGAGGUCCAAUGACGAGAUGGCCUCAACAGAUGGCGAUGACGAUGCAGAGGCCUCCACUGCCGAUCGCCGCGACAACCGAAGCGACAACAGAGGUAACAGUCGUCCAGCCACCAAAGUCAAGAAACAAAAGAGGGAGUACAUACCCAACUCUGAUAAAAUAUGCCCAGCAUACCUUAAGGAAAGGACAUGCCCAUUUGGCGAUACAUGCAAGUUCAGUCAUGAUGUGUCCAAGUACUUGGCAAGCAAGCCACCAUCGAUUGGCAAGUGCUACUUGUUUGAGAAGUACGGCUCAUGUAGAUUUGGUAUCUCCUGUCUGUAUGGCCAGGACCACAUCGUGAACAACGAGUCGAUCGUUGACACCAACAAGAAGGAACAAUGCGGUGAAGAUUGCGAGUAUAGAAUACUGAACGAUGUCACCCAUGACAUGAUCAACAAGCUGCGUAGAAAUCAAUAUGAGUUCAAGAAGACUGAGGACUACUUCAUUAAGAACAAUCUGCAACUUAGAAGACCAUCGAAGAAGCCACAAAAGGAAAAGGGAGAUGAACAAGCAGCAGUUAAGCCUGCGACAGAGACUACUGCCACUGACAGCGCGACAACCACAACUGCUUCUACGACACCUGUUGAGGAGUUGACAACACCAGCAACAACACCAACUACAUCAACUACAACAACAACAACUACUGAGGUAGUUACAGAGAAGAAGGAUGAUGAGCCAACAACAUCGACCACCACCACUACUACAUUGAAGGCAACAAAGCAAUCACAUGAAGGAACAGAGAUUGAAGUGGAGAUACCAUUGCGUGCAUGCGAGAAGAAGAGACUCGACUUUAGAAAUCAGCUCUAUUUGGCACCAUUGACAACCGUUGGCAACCUGCCAUUCAGACGCAUUUGCAAGACAUUGGGCUGCGAUAUUACAUGCGGUGAGAUGGCACUGGCCUCAAACAUUGUACAGGGCCAGAAGAGUGAGUUGGCUUUGCUCAAGCGUCAUCCCAGCGAGGACAAGUUUGGCGUGCAACUGUGUGGCCCUCAUCUGGACUCGAUGAUGUCCAGCGCCGAGCUCAUCGAAGACAACCUCAACGUGGACUUUGUCGACGUGAACAGCGGCUGUCCCAUCGAUUUGAUCUGCAACAUGGGUGCAGGCGCAGCCAUGAUGGACCGCCAGAACCGCAUGGAGCUGAUCCUGCGCGGCAUGUCCUCAGUUCUCACCUGUCCACUCACCAUCAAGCUUAGAGUUGGACGCACAGAGGAGAAUCCCAACGCUCACAAGAUCAUUCCCAACCUUGGCAAGUGGGGUGCUGCGGCCGUCACCGUUCACGGUCGUUCCAGAACACAGCGAUACACACGUCUUGCCAACUGGGAGUACAUCAAGCAAUGUGCCGAGAUAUCCCCUAUUCCAGUCAUUGGCAAUGGUGACAUUUACAACUGGAGAGAUAUUGAAAAGUCAUCAGACUCUAUCUCAUCACUGAUGGUUGCAAGAGGAGCAUUGAUCAAGCCAUGGAUCUUUACAGAGAUCAAGGAGAGGAGAGAUUGGGACAUCACGGCGUCAGAGCGUCUGGACUUGGUGAAGCAGUUUGCCAACUAUGGUCUGGAUCAUUGGGGCUCGGACAAGCAGGGAGUCGAGAACACCAGACAUUUCUUGCUCAACUGGAUGUCGUUCACGCACAGAUACGUGCCCGUUGGCAUUUUGGAGACUUCGUACUCCAAGAUCAACGAACGUCCACCAGGAUACUUUGGUCGCUCCGAUCUGGAAACACUGUUGGCCAGCAAUGCCGUGACUGAUUGGAUCAAGAUCUCUGAGAUGUUCCUCGGACCUGUUCCCCAAGACUAUUCAUUCAUUCCCAAGCACAACUCCAACGCCUAUGAGGCACAAGGUUAA